AUGGAGACUAUCAGAAACACAAUUUCAGAGAACUUGGGUGGCCCUGCUCAUGCCCUUGCUUCUCCGGAGAACAGCUUCAGCUUGGACGAGGUCCCAGAUCUCAGUGGCAAGGUUGCUGUAGUCACUGGUGGUAGCGAAGGUAUUGGUUUCGGUAUCACACAUACUCUUCUUUCCCGCAACAUCGCCAAGCUCUUCGUUCUUUCCCUGAGGCAAGAAGUCGUCGACGAAGCACUGGACGCAAUUGCAGAAGAGUUCGGACCCGAAGCCCGCAAGAAGUUCAUCUGGAAGCAAUGUGAUCUUUCGGACUGGGUGCAGACCGGCAAGGUUGCCGCAGAGAUCGCCUCGCAGACCGACAGAAUCGACAUUCUCAUGAACAACGCCGCCAGGGGUAUCAUGACUAGACAGCUCUCGGAACACAACGGCAUCGAUCUUCACAUGGCUAGCAACCACUUCGGUCACGUCGUGCUUACCAGCCAUCUGCUGCCAACCAUCAAGGAGUGGGCCGACAAGGGCAACACUGUUCGCAUUGUCAACACUUCUUCCAACUUGCACGCACAGACACCCAAUGAGACCGAGUUUGCAUCAGUCGAGGAGUUGAACAAGGACUACGGCCCGCAACCGCAGUACGGACGCAGCAAGUUGGCCAACCUCCUCUACGCCAAGUGGCUCAACGAGCACCUCAAGAUUUCUCACCCCAACAUCAUUGUCAACGCCAUUCACCCUGGUAUCGUCGACACGGCACAAACAAACGUACACAUCCACGAAGCAUUCCCUCUUCUCGGUUACGGCAUGUCAAUCGGACUCAAGCCUUUCCGCAAGAGCCAGUUCGAGGGUUGUGUUUCUGCCAUGUACGCCGCGACUGUCGCUAAGACCGGUGGCAACUACAUCUGCCCUCAGAAGGUGUACGAGACACCUAGCGAGAAGGGACAGGACAUGGCCAUGGCAGACCGCCUGAUGAAGCUCACCGCCGAGGUUGUCGAGCAGAAGACUAGAACAGAGAGCUCAGCCAAGGGAUGCCCUUUCAAGGAGGACUAG